AUGUUGACUCUCAAAUAUCUUGUCAGCUCCUCCCUCAUAGUCCUCGUUGUCUCCCAAUCUUGGGGUCAACAGAGCCAAGGCGGCUUCCAGAGUGGCUUCGGAGGACAGAGCUCGUCUGGCAAUAGCCAAGGUAUAUUCCGUCGCUUUUGGUGGCGUCCUGUACUUAUUCGAAAAUUCCUAGGAGGAUACGGACAACAGCAGCAACAGGGAUACGGAGGUAACAGCCAGGGCUUCGGUGGCCAGAGUCAAGGAUACAGUGGAAACAGUGGAAACAGCCAAGGAUACAGUGGAAACAGUGGAAACAGCCAAGGAUACAACGGAAACAGUGGAAGUAGCCAAGGAUACAGUGGCCAGAACCAAGGAUUCGGAGGAUCCAGCCAGCAGGGAUUCAGUGGAAACUCCCAAGGAUUCGGAGGACAGAGCCAGAGAAGCAGCCAACAGUCAUUCGGAGGACAGAGUCAAGGAUCCGGAAUGCAGCAGAGCCGUCCAAACUUCCAGUCUGGAUCCAGUCAACAAUCAUUCGGUGGAAACGGUCAAUCCUCGUUCGGAGGACAGUCUGGAUACAGUAGCCAGGGAGGAUUCGGACAGGGACAGAGCAGCUACGGCCAGAGCCAGGGAGGAUACGGUGGACAGUCGAGCGGCUACGGAAAUCAGAACGGAGGAUACGGAGGAAACUCCCAGUCUUAUGGAGGAUACGGUGGAAAUCAGGGAGGAUACUCGUCAAACUCCAACAACGGAUACGGAUACUCCAGCAGCGUAUACUCUGGAAGCAGCGGAAUCAGCUCCAAUGAUCCAUACCCGACUUUCCUGAACAACGUCAGCUCCUCUGCCGCCCAGGAGUACUAUAACAUCGUGAACAACCGCUCUUUGACGACCAACCAGAUAAGCGAGCAGGCCACCAAUUGGGCAUCUACGAACGGAGUUCAGGUACCGAAUACAUCCGUUGUAAACCUAUGAUGUCAUGUUUUCAGACUUCGUACACCCAAUACGAGACCAACCGCACUGCAAUUCACAACCAGGCCACGCAGAAUGUGUCUGACAUCAUCAACAACCUCGCCACCGUCCAGGCCUCCAUCGAGAACAUCCAAUCCAACAAGAGCUCUUCCGCCGAAGACCGCGAGUCUGCCUUCCAAUCUCUCCAACAGGCCCAUCCAAUGGUUUGUGUUUCACUUGUACUCCCAGAAACUAAGCGUCAUUUUGCAGGAGUACUCCGUUCUCACGUCUCUCCAGAACCAACACGAGCAGACUCAAUACGUGCGCAUGAACGGAAACAGCGGAAGCAGCAGCAGCAGUAGCAACGGAUACAACAGCUACGGAAGCUCGAGCUCGUACGGAACCAACUCUUACGGAUACGGAAGCAACAGCAACAGCAACAACAAUUACAACAACAAUCAGUACGGCAACAACCAGUACGGAACCUACUUUGCCGAAAGCUCAACGAUUUCUUCUGCAAGCACCAAGAAGAGGACGACGAAGGCAUCUUCGAAAUAA